ACGCGCUGGCAGCCUGAGAGGCAUGGGUUUUUGUUCCCCUCUUUGAAAACAGCUAGCUCCAGAAUUUUGUUCUCUCUUCUAAAGAGAGUGAGAGAGAGGGAGGGUGAGAGUGGGAGAGAGAGGGGGAGAGGGAAGAAACUUCUUUCCGACCGACAAAAACAAGUGUCUUCUAUAUGGGAUUAUAAAAUUGCUGUGUGUCCAUUGAGAGAGAACUUGUGGGUAGAUAAGUUGGGGGAGAAACUACAAGACGGACAACUAAACAGACACACACAGGUUCCUCAGACCCAGUGUGACCGUCCCAUUGGACUAUCUGGGGGCGCUGUCACUCAUCUCUCACUAUGAUGCAGCGGGACGAUCUGUCUGCCAUGGAGGAGUUCAGCUACACCCAGAUGCCCACGCUGGAGAGGGGGUGUGGCGGGGGUACGGUGGGCCGGCGGGGGUGUGCGGAGAGGGAGCGGCCGGAGAGCUACACGGUGGACGUGAGGGCCAGUGACCUGCAGCUUGCCCACUCGGAGAAGCCCAUGCACCCCUGCCUCAGCUACAGGACCUGGCUCUACAGCGUUCUCAUUGGGAGCAGUCUGUUGGUCACAGCAGGCUUCUCUCUCUACCUGGGCAAUGUGUUUCCUGCUGCUAUGGACUAUCUGCGCUGUGCUGCAGGCUCGAGUGUCCCGGCAGCAGUUGUCAGCUUUGCCAUUGCCAAGAACCAUCAUGUUGCAGUGUCAGAUUUCCAGGUGGUAUUUGUGUCCACCUUCGCUGUGACGACCACUUGCCUGGUGUGGUUUGGCUGUAAGCUGGUGUUGAGUCCCUCUGCUGUCAAUAUCAACUUUAACCUCAUCCUGCUGAUUCUGCUGGAGGUGCUGAUGGCAAGUACAGUCAUCCUGUCUGCACGCUCUGCAGAGGACUGCUGUAGCCACAGGAAGCCAGUGACGUAUGACGGUCCUGUGGUUCUGACACCGGCCGUCUUUCCCACCCGACUUCUAAAGGCCUACUCUGUGAUUGAGGUGAUAGUAGGAAUCUCGGCUGUGUUUGGCGGUAUCAUCGCUCUCAACAUGGACGUCUUGCUCCCUGGUCCAUACCUGUCUGUCACCUUCUUCUGGAUCUUAGUGGCUUGUUUCCCCAGUGCCAUUGCCAGCCAUGUCGUGGCAGAAUACCCCAACAAGUGUCUGGUGGAGAUGCUGAUUGCCAUCAGCAGUGUGACGUCCCCGCUGCUCUUCUCAGCCUCAGGCUUCCUCUCCUGCAGUGUACUCAGUUUCAUUGACAUCUUCCUGCAUGAGGUGCCUACAGCCAAGCAAUCGUAUGAGAUCCUGCUGCUGAUUCUGAUGGCGCUGCUGCUGGUGCAGGCAGUUCUGACUCUGGCCACCGUGGUGCACUGUGCCUCCUACAAGAGCCAGCUCCGCAUGGGGGGUCCAGAGUGGGAUGACAGCCUGCAGCUCCCAGCCUUUCACUCAGAGCAACAAGCAUCCAAUGGAACACUGCGGGAGUUUGACAAAGACAAGGCCUGGAAGGCGGUUGUGGUCCAAAUGGCACAGUGAACAGAGGAGGAGGAGAAGGAGGACAAAACAGAAAAGACAGACAAGGGAGAGGAAGAAGAAAUAAAUAAUGAAUACCGGCAAUCAAUUUCCCUGUCAGAGAAAAGAAAAAGAAAAGGAGCAAGGACAGGGGGAGGACAAAAGAGUGAGGGAAUGGAGAGGAAGGAUACAAUAGGAAGUGUGUGACGUCAUAAGCAUUCACAUCUCUCUGAGGUCUACAUUUUAAAACAUGCUAUAACAAUCUCCUUACUGUGUACAAUCUGUAGACAAUUGGGUACUCUCAUGCCUCUUUGUACUGUAUUUGCGGCACAGUAUUCUUUCAGUCUUUGUCUGUAUGUAGUUAUCUUUAUAUAUAGGGCUUUAGGUCAAACUGAUAUUUACAUGGAGAUUUACAUAUACAACAGACCUUCAGUUUUUUACUAUAAAACUAUUGUGUCCUGAUUGUAUUCCUGUCAUGUCGACAAAUAAAACAGUUUACACACCA